AUGUCGGAGACGUCGGAAGAAGCGCCGCCUGCUAUUAUACUUGAUAAUGGGAGUGGGAUGUGUAAGGCUGGGUUCGCAGGGGACGAUGCCCCUCGAGCCGUCUUUCCGUCACUUAUUGGACGAGCUCGCCACACGGGAGGUGUGAUGGUCGGGAUGGGAAUAAAAGAUACUUUCGUUGGCGACGAAGCCCAAUCAAAGCGUGGCGUCCUCAGUCUCCAAUACCCACUCGAACACGGUAUCGUCACCAACUGGGACGACAUGGAGAAAAUCUGGCACCACACAUUCUACAACGAACUCCGCGUCGCACCAGAAGAACGACCGAUCCUCAUGACCGAGGCUCCACUCAACCCCAAAGUUAACCGAGAGAAGAUGACGCAGAUUAUGUUCGAGACGUUUAACUCUCCAGCGUUUUACGUUGCGAUCCAGGCAACGCUUUCUUUGUACGCUGCCGGGCGUACGACGGGGAUUGUGUUGGAUUCGGGUGAUGGUGUGACGCAUACUGUACCGAUAUAUGAAGGGUUUUCGCUCCCGCAUGCGAUUUUGAGGAUGGACCUUGCUGGGAGGGACUUGACAGAUUAUAUGAGCAAGUCGCUUUUGACUCGUGGACAUCAUUUUACGACGUCGGCGGAGAGGGAGAUUGCGAGGGAUAUUAAGGAGAAGUUGUGUUAUGUUGCGCAUGAUUUUGAUAAGGAGCUUGAGGAGGCGACGAAGAACCCUACUACAGUUGAGAAGAAUUAUGAGUUGCCGGAUGGACGGUUUGUCAUUGUUGGGGAAGAACGGUUCCGUGUACCUGAAGCGCUCUUUAACCCGGCUGUCCUUGGAAAUGAAUUUGGCGGGAUCCAUAUGACGGCGUAUAACUCCAUAACGAGAUGCGAUGUCGACGUGCGUCGUGAGCUCUUUGGCAACGUCGUUCUCUCUGGUGGUUCCUCGAUGUAUCCUGGCCUUCCCGAACGUCUGAACAAGGAACUUACAGCCCUCGUCUCGUCUUCCAUGAAAGUCAAGAUUGUUGCUCCACCCGAACGUAAAUACUCGGUGUGGAUUGGUGGAUCGAUCUUGGCUUCGUUGAGCACGUUCCAGAAUUUGUGGAUUACGAGGGAGGAGUAUGAUGAGAAUGGGCCGAGUAUCGUGCAUCGCAAGUGUUUGUGAUGGAGAUGAACUUGGACCUUUG